UUGAAGUAGCUUAGCUACCAUUUUUAGUCAAAGCAAAACAAUUCCUUCGUCCAUAUUAUUACCCUUUUGCCCUCUUCGAUUCACUCUUCGCUUGCAUCUCCAUCCGUCUCGCAGAAAAAUUGGAAAAGAAAAGAAAAGAAAAAAGGAAAAACAUUCCCCUUUGUGUCUCCCAAACCAUGGCAAGAGGUUCCUCUCAGUCGCAGUCCUCCAGUUCCUCCACCACAUCCCGUCCCGGCGUCAUGGCCCCCCGUGGCUCAGCUGCAGCUGCAGCCGGUAUGCGUCGCCGCAGGAUUGUCGGAGGCUCCACCUCUGCCUCCGCCUCAGGCUCCGUCGGAUCUGGUUCGGGAAGCAACAUGCUCCGAUUCUACACCGACGAUGCUCCAGGCUUAAAGAUCUCCCCUACCGUUGUCCUCGUCAUGAGUCUUUGCUUCAUAGGCUUCGUCACCGCUCUCCACGUUUUCGGCAAGCUCUACCGCGCCAAAGCCGGAGCUGGACCGUGAGUCGUGACCCGAACCCGAUCUUUUUCUUGAUCUCUGACCGGUUCUUGAAUCAAUAACUGGAUUCUACUCUUUUUUCGUUUGACCGUUUUGGAUUUAGCUGUGUAAAUGAUGUAUUGCAAGCUUGUAAUUAUCUAGUGUUUUUAAUGCGGUGAAUUUUUCCAAUGAAUUUGUUUUUUUUUUUUUCUUGUACCCUUUCGUUUAAAGUCCCAGAAAUGGGCUUGCCUCAUCCUUUUACCACCUUUGAUUGAAAUUUGAAAAGUUGUACCUCUUCGGUCUUGUUGGAACCAGAUUUUAGCAAACACAUACACAGCUGUUUGGAUGUUUGAUAAAUUAAUAAGCUUUGUUUCUUGAA